GCGCCGGACACCAUCGCAGUCUCAGCAUUGGUGCUGUACUUCCGGAACUACUCACUGGAGUCUCAGAGUGAAGGCACCAACAGCUGCCCACGCCCAGUCCAACGUCGUCUGCAGAGACCAUCAGCUACUAUGGUCUUCGUGAACGAGAAGAAAUUCGCAUGCGAAUCCUGCAUCAAAGGACAUCGCUCUUCCUCUUGUGCACAUACUGAUAGGCCACUAUUCGAGGUAAAGAAGAAAGGUCGUCCGGUCUCACAAUGCCCGCAAUGUCGAGAACUCCGAAAAACGAAGAAGGUCCACUCGAGAUGCGAAUGUAGUACAAAAUCGAUAGAGAAACCUCAAGUAAGGCAGCUCACGGCAAACUCCAAGCGCUUCAUCCCUAUCUUGCCAGCUUUGCCUAACGGUCUGAAAGACGCUAUGAGCGGUUCAAGCACGCCCAAUGUUUCUAAUCCAGGGGCUCAAGUUUCCACACUCCUCAAUCCUUGUAACUGCAAAGACAUCUGGAACUGCCAGUGUCGUUCUUCGGAUGAGGCCAGUUCAAGUAUUAUCCCUUCUAAUGGUGGCUUAGCGGCCCUGGCGAGGGCGGCGGCACUCUGCUGCAAUGAAGAGCUCAAUGCGACACCCAAGACAGCGAUUGUAGACGGCUCUUCUACCUCAGAGGAACCUAUCCCUAGUUGUUGUCAAGCAGCUUCAAAACCGAUUAUCAACAUCUCGAAGCGUAAACGUCGUGGUUCUCCAUCUCCUAUACCCCCUCCGUCAAGCAAGCACCGCGGAUCAUUGUUCCCUCCUAUCGCGCUACCUCCAAUCACUUCACACGCAGCUUCCAUGUCUUCAACCUAUUCACCAGUUCCAAACUUCCCUUCUAUUCCUCCUUUAAGCUCAAUCGCCGCGUUGGCAGGUUCAGGCUGCUGCUGUGGUUUUCGCUGCACAUGUCCAGGUUGCGUGGAGCACCGUGGGCCAGAACAUGCUAGCAAAGAUCACGAGGACUGUCCAGACGGUUGUGCGACUUGCGUGGAUUACGAGGGCGGAAUCGAGCUUCCCGCGGUCCAUUCGCACCAUUCCACUUCUGCAUCCUCAUCAGGCUCUCAUGAUUCGUUGGAAUCACGUACAGGGCUCGGCACUACAGGUGUUGGGAUCGGAUCGUCCGGCACGAAUUUCGUGGAUUCGUUCUUUGCGCGCGCAGCUGCUUCGGUGCCUUUACCGCCGGCUCCCCCUCAACGCGCGCGGAAUGGUACUUUGAACCCGGGGGAUACUACCGUCUAUCCCUCAAUGCUUUUUGCCAGUGGAUCCAAACAUCUAGAAGAGCGUGGUCCUGCCUUUGGAUUGGUGAGACUACCGAAGUUGAAGUGUUGUUCUGGUCGAUGCGGAUGUCCGGAUGGGUCUUGUGGAUGUGCGAAGAGCUGUGAAGGUUGCGCAGAUGAUGUGGAGCAUCUCCAUGACCAUGGAAAACCAUCAUCACCCUCCUCAUCCGCUGUCGAUAAGGAAGUGCGAGAUAACGCAGGUGUGGCCAGUUGCUGCUCUUCGCCGCGAUCGACGAUCCAAACUUCAUAAGUCAUCCUUCAUUAUGCGAGUGGUUGUCCUGCCUGUUCCUCUACUCAAUCAUACCUAUGCCCUUCCUCUUUUCUUGACAUAUAUGGAGAAUUCAAAUAGUUCAUAUUGCUUGUAUAUUUAGUAUGCAUAUCGUUCAUGAAUUCAAUGUUGCGUAUGAGCUCUUCGAUCUGGCGUUGGUGUUUUCUGAGAUCGGUACCUUUUCUCACUACGAUAUUUUGUUUCAACAUGCCUGUCGCUGAUAUUGUUCUGCGUUUGUCUCAUUUGCAGGUGACGAUCUCUGGAUCCAGGCGAAAGUCUGUGUACGGGUAUAGUACGACACGCAAUAGAGGAACCUCGAGGCUUGACAUGGACAGAACUCGAGUUCACCUAAUGACUUGGGUUCAUAUUUCAAUGCACGAAGUAUUGGACAAGCUGUUGAUGGGCGUCGAAACGAGGAUCAUGCCAAAGAAGAAAGAUCGGUCAGGCAG